AUGAUAAAGCUAACAAAAAUCAAUAAUGUCAUUGUGGAACCAAUCAAACUACCACAACCACCAAAAAAUGUAAAAGGAUCGGAAUUAUUUAAUCAAUUAAAUGCAAAUAUAUUGGUAUGUGCUCCAAAGAAUAGUGGCAAGACUGUUGUUUUUAAGAUUAUAGAUGAAUGUACUAACAAACAAACAAAUGUUUUAAUCUUUUGCGCAACAGUUCACAAUGAUCAUAGUUGGUUGGAAAUUCAAAAAGAUUUGGAUAAAAGAGGAAUAACAUUUAUGCCAUUUACUUUUAUUUAUGAUGACAAGGCAAAUGUAUUAGAGGCAUUUAUUCAAAGUUUACAAGUGCAACCAAAUGAAAAUAGUAAACCAUUGAUAUUGACCAAUAAUACUGUGGCAGAGAAAUCAUCAAAAAAAGAAGUGGCACCAGAUUAUUUAAUUAUUUUUGAUGAUUUAUCAAAUGAAUUAAAAGAUCAAAGUAUUAACAGUAACUUCGUACAAAGAUGA